UAGGGAUUUUUUCAAAAUGGACCUCGACAAGGUCGUGUCAUCGGUGUUAAACUUUAUUAAAUCUCUUUCUUCCCCUGUGCAAAUCAUUGGAUUGCUUGUUAUUGUAAUAAUUAUUCGAAAAAUUGUGCAAUCUAGAUUUAGGAAACCGCCUCCCCCUCCUCGUGAAAAACCUCUCGAACCUAUGAAGAAACGAGACUUCACUCCUGAAGAGUUGGUAGAAUACGAUGGGGUGAAGCAAAAGCGUGUCUUGCUGGCUGUCAACGGCAAAGUUUUUGAUGUCACUAGAGGAAAAGACUUCUACGGUCCAGGGGGUCCUUACAGUGUCUUUGGCGGACAUGAUGCAAGUAGAGGUCUGGCAACUUUUUCAGUCGGAAAUGAUGCUGUCAAAACUGAGUAUGACGAUUUGUCAGACCUUAACAGCAUGCAGAUGGAUUCCUUGCGGGAAUGGGAAACACAAUUUUUGGAGAAGUAUGACAUGGUUGGACGCCUGCUGAAACCAGGCGAAAAACCCCAACAGUAUGAUGAAUCAGAAACAGAGGAAGAAGAUGGAAAAGGAGAUAAGAAAGAACAAUAGAAGAUUGAAGAAGAACUCUCUAGGAAUUUCGAAGGAUGUGAAAAGAGAAAAGUUGCAUGAGGAAACUGUGUCAGUGAACAUAUAGCCCAGUAGUUAUACGAAAGAGAAAUUAUCCAAUGUACAGAAGCAUGUUCAGGAAUUUGACAUUUAUUUUUAACAGUCAAGUGAUACUUUGCUAGUUAUUGAAAUUGUUCAUGAAUGUGUUUUGGGAUCAAGGUCAGUAUCUGAGCAGCUGUGCACCUACCCCUUCCUAGACUCAAUUUUAACCCUAACUCAAUAUUAACCCAAACUUUCUAUAAAUUGACUGUUACUGGGCUAUGGGAGGGGUAUGUGUGCAGAUACUGACAUUUAUCUGUGUUUUGCAUGGUGUUAGUCACUUUUAAAUAGAUUUUACUCUGGCUUUUCAUUCCCCAGUCUGAAAUAAUAAUAAGUUAUUUGUCUUCUCCUUCAUACUGGCCAGUGAAUGUUAACACUUGAAGAUAAGGACAGGUGAAUGCAUAGAUCAACCAAUAAUGACCAAAAAAAAAUGAUUACUUUAAAGAUAUUAGUAUUGUUAUGUUUUAAAAUACAUGUACUAUUGCAACCUACAUCAGCUCCCAUUUGGGUGUGAGUGAGUCUACUUGGACACAACAUGUUUCAAGAGGUAAAAGGUUGUGUUCUUCACAUCUUGAAAGAACAGAUCAUGCUAGGGACAAAUACAUAGGGAUGUGCUUGUUACAAAUGGGAGAUAUAGAGAGAAUUCUUUGAGAGACAGGAUGAUGGCAAGAAGUCCCAGUAGCUAAACUGGAAUUGUUCUUCACUGUCCAUCUGUCUUACAUGAGUGGUUGUCAUCCCACAUCGUCAUUGUAACACGAGUCUCUCACAUCAGUAGAAACUGGAGAUUUACAGUAGAAACUUGGCAGCUUAAUUUACAAAAUUUUAUUGUAUUUCUUUCAAUGGUUCAGGAAUUUUCAGUUGAGUGUCAAAAGCCUGGAAAACUUGUGUCACAAAAAAUUAUAAGACGCUAGAAUGAAACCAAUCUUGGUCAGCUUUGUUCUCCUUGGUUUGAGGUUAUUUACAUAUUAUCUGAUUUUCCUCAAAUUCUUGUCAACCUCUCGUAAAAUUUGCCUUUGCUCUGAUUGGCCAGCAAGCAUGCAUGAGAACACACAAACUUAUCAGGUAGGUGUUAUCUUGAACUAACACCAAAUUCUCAUAACUAAUUUACAAGGAAAUGUGCAGUAGCUAGCAGGGAGAAUUAAUUACCAGAUCUUGGGAGUUAAGGGGUUAGCAAUUUCUUGUAAGAUUAAUACUAGAGUAAAGAAGGAUGCAUUGGGAUUUUUUUUUAAGUUAACAACCAAUUAUUUUCAGAUUACUGCCUCGGAAACAAUGAAUUAUUGUACGUAACUAAAUUCCAGUGAUAUUUAAGUGGGUGAUUCAAGCACAUGAAUUAAUUACGGUACCUUAGUAUUUGUCUUGCGGACUUGACAGUCCUGUACAGUGAGUGCAGAAAUCUUACGUGCAUUGUGAAUACUAGAAGGGUAGAAAGGAGAAUCCACCCUUGAAGACAUGAAGUGGGCAAAAGAAUUUGUAGAGCAAGUACUAGACAACUUAGCUCAACGCUGUGGGUUUACUUUUGUUAAAUAAACAUGUAGUAACUUGGUUAAGUA